CUCCUAAAACACCCCCAGACAACACCUCCAGAGAAUGACGCCAAUUUUGAUCACCCUGUUUUUAUUAACUUUGAUCAGACAUGCCAUGUGAUUUGGUUCUACGACCCGGUAAAAAAAUUGAUCCAUCACAAUCACAUGUUGCCCAGAAUUUAAGAAACUCCAUUCAAUUAUGUUAAGGAUUGUGUAAUUGUUAUUGGUCAAAUCUUAUAAAUUCUCACAUUGUACGGUUACGUCACUAUCUUCGAUUUAAUUUUUAAUGACAAGUUUAGUUCAAGCAUGCUUUAUUGAGACAUACGUUCAUUUUCAAAUACUUUUUGACCUUUAGGCCCGUAUAUAUCUGCUAAUUCUAAUCUCAAAUAAUUUCAGUUCACAAUAAUGCAUUCGAUUAAUGCAUUUCCUGCUUUAUUAUUAUUCAUUUCUAGCAUCGAAUCUAUUGCUACACUUGCUACAAUGCCAGGUGAGUACAAUCACAUUGAUAGAAGCUGCUAAACGUGGUGUUAGAUCCAUAUUUAUAUUAGAUACUCUCUAGGUUUCAAAAUGUAAAAAAACGUUAAAAAUAAACAAACAAACAAAACAUGAAUUGUUCAAGAAGCCAAGACACUCUGUAGUUUAUAAAUAGCUUAACAAACAAAGAAUGGUUUAAUGAUCUCGAUAUGUAAAUAUAGUGUAUAUUUUGCUGUCAAUUAACAUAUAUGGAGUAUACAGGGUUAUCGAGAACAUACAAUCAAGCAUUUUUGUAGGAUACAAAUAAUGUCCUUACUAACAUCCUACACUAAAAAAAUAUUAGCAUUACUUUCCAAAUUAGUCGAACGUUCAUCCUUUUCAUUUUAAAUUGCAAAUUGAACUACUUUAAAUAUGGUAAGUAAAGAUUUGCUCUCGCAUAGACUAGGAGAAGUUGCUUAAUGCCUUACCAUUCCAAAUACAUUUUCUAAAAAAUGUUAGGUACUAAUUUACCAAUAUAAUUUGACAGUGCGUCCUGCAUACUCUAACUAUGUUGUAAGCAAACAAGCUGUUACAUGGAAAGAAGCUUUUGUGCUAUGCAAACAAAACGGAAUGGACUUAGUUUCGAUAAAAAAUGCUGAAGAACAUGAUGCUGUAGCUGAAGCUUUGGCUCCUUAUCCCACGAUAGAAGGUGUUAAUAAAGGAUAUUGGACAGCUGCCAUGCGCUUCGGUACAAAUUCCUUUGUAUGGUUAACUGAUGGCCAACCCAUGGUCUACACUAACUUUGAAGAUGGACAACCAGACAAUUUUAAAGGAAUGGAAGAGUGUGUGGAAUAUUUUAAGACGAAAAAUAAAUAUAGAUGGAAUGAUAUACCUUGUGGUUAUAAAGUUGGUUAUAUUUGUCAAAUACGCAAUGUUCUUUGCUAAAUAUAAGUGCUAUGAAUCGGCCAUUUAUACCUGUAUAUGUGCAGUACACCAGUUUUUCAAAUAUGUUUUGCUCACUAGCUGACUAUUUUAAGAAAACAAGAUUUAAUGUUUUAAAAAUAUUUUUUGGCGUGAGCAAUAAUGCGGAGGUCUAAUACGCCAUCGACCGUGAAUCGCCCUGUAUACCUAGGUCUAAAAGUGAGCUAUUAUAUACUGAGUGAUUUUAUAUAAUAUAAUGUUUUUUUGCUAACACGGAUAAUUGCCUAAAUCGAUUUAAUUAGAGUUUGAAUUUUCCAUUUAUUUUCUGGAUUAUCGCAUUAUUUUAUAGCAAUUCAGUUUUCGAACUGCCGCAAUAUAAUUUAUGGAGUUCUGUUUUCUUCAUAAUAUGGGUCAUAGUAAUCUUCUAUUUCAUCUGGGUCAAUGAAGGUUUCAGGGUCAUUAAAAUCAGCUUUGAUAUUCAUUAGUCGGAAACUGAUUAUUAGGAUCAUGGAAAUUCAUUCCGUUACUUUCAACGUUUUGUUGAUGUAAUUCUGUAAAAGUUGGUUUUUUGAAUUUAGAUAAACCUGAGGAAGUAUCCAUUGGUUCGUCAAGUCUACCAUGAUUUUCUUGGGGCUGUUCCGGAUAUACAAAGCGAUUUGGAUUAUUCAUGAAUGUGUUUCUGAAUAGUUGGCUUUGUCUUGGUUGAAAUAGUGGUGAUCUGAAUUGAAAGUUGGGGUUGAAUGGCUUAGGGAAGUUGAAAUUGUUGUUGUUUUGUUGUUUGAACGGGUUUGUAAGAUUGGAUAUUUGGUUAUGUGCAGUACACCCGUUUUUCAAAUAUAUUGCAUUUACUUUUUCAUUAUUAUUUUGUUUGAGUUUGUCUAGUGUUGCGAGUAAUUUCGGUGUGCUGCCUAACAUUGAGCCAGAAAGCAUGCAGUUUUGCUCACUAACUCACUAUUUUAAUAAUACCAGAAGAUUUAAUGUUUUAAAAAUAUUUUUUUGCGUGAGCAAUAAUGCGAAGGUCUUAUACGUCAUCGACCGUGAAUCACCCUGUAUACCUAGGUCUAAAAGUGAGCUAUUAUAUACUGAGUGAUUUUAUAUAAUAUAAUAUUUUUUUGCUAACUUGGAUAAUUGCCUAAAUAGAUUUAAUUAGAAUUUGAAUUUUCCAUUUAUUUUCUGGAUUAUCGCAUUAUUUUAUAGCAAAUCAGUUUUCAAACUGCCGCAAUAUAAUUUAUGGAGAAAAUUUGAUUUCUGUUGGAGAUGGUGUCUAGUCUUUAUUAGGGCUUCAGAUAAAGUUUCUGGGGGGAGACAAAUAAAACGAUGCAAAGUUUCUACAAAUUUUGCUCAUUUGUUAAUUAGACCCUGAAACUUCUCAGAUUAUAUGUACGUUUACAUCACCAUUAUCAUUAUUAAAUGGCUCUUAAAUCUUAGUUGAUGUAUUAUUUAUUGUGAGAUAGGUUUAUUUUAAAAGACCUUUUGACCUUUAGGCCGGUAUAUAUUUGUUAAUUCUAAGCUGGAUUAGUUUCAGUUCACAAUCAUGUAUUCGACUAAAGCAUUUGAUUCUUUAUUAUUAUUAAUUUCUAGCAUCAAAUAUAUUUCUGCACUUGCUACAAUGCCAGUGGCAUUUUCAGACUCUAACUAUGUUGUAACUACACUACCGGUUACAUGGUCAGAAGCUUAUGUGCUAUGCCAACAAAACGGAAUGAACUUAGUCUCGAUAAAAAGCGCUGAAGAACAAGAUGCUUUAGCUAAAGCUCUGUCUUUCUAUGGCAGUCCAGGGGAUUCUCAUAAUAGAUAUUGGACUGCUGGGAGGCGCUUCGGAAGAAAUUCCUUUGUAUGGUUCACUGAUGGCGAACCACUGGUGUACAAUAAUUUUGCACAUGGGGAACCAAACAAUCUUAAAGGGGCGGAAGGAUGUAUCGAAUUUGUGAACUAUUCGAAAAAGACUAGUAAAUGGAAUGAUAUAGCUUGUAGUAAAAAAGCUGGUUAUGUCUGUCAAGUACGCAAUGUUCUUUGUCAAAAAUAGGUACUACAGAAUGAAAGCACAAUUUAUAGUAAAUAUGUGGAAUAUACCAGCUUUUCAAUUA